CAUUAAACGCCGGAAGCCGGAAGUGUUUACAACAGGAAGCUAGGCUAACAAGCUAGCUACCCUUACAGAGCAGAGUCUUCACAGCUCAGCAGCGUGCGCACUGAGUUUGUCUCAGUUUGUGAUUUUCUGAGGUGUGUCUCAGGUGUUUCCUGUUCGGGAGUCAGGAUGAGUCUGCAGUGGACAGCGGUGGCCACCUUCCUGUACGCAGAGGUCUUCUUUGUUCUGCUGCUCUGCAUCCCCUUCAUCUCGCCUAAGAGGUGGAAUAAGAUCUUCAAGUCUCGGCUCAUCCAGACCAUCGCUCUCUAUGGAAACACGUCAUUCAUGGUGGCCAUCGCCAUCCUCGUCUUCCUGCUCAUCGAUGCUUUCCGCGAGGUGAGGAAGUACAGCGUGACGGAGAAGGUGGAUCUGACCAACAACCCGACGGCCAUCGAACACAUCCACAUGAAACUGUUCAGAGCUCAGAGGAACGAAUACAUCGCCGGCUUCGCCCUGCUGCUCUGCCUGUUGCUGCGUCGUCUUGCCACUCUGCUCUCCCAGCAGGCCUCACUCAUGGCCUCCAACGAAGCCUUCAGGAAGCAGGCGGAGGGCGCCAGCGCCGCCGCCAAGAAGUACAUGGAGGACAACGAGCUGCUGCAGGAGAAACUCCGCGACGCUGGUGUCGAGGUGCCGGAGGCCGGGAAGAAGGGAGCGGGGCCGCAGGAGGAGAACAAGGCUCUGAAAGAGGAGGUGAAGACCCUGAAGGAGGAGCUGGACGCCACCAAGAAAGUUCUGCAGAAGUCCGACAGUGACGUCCGUGCGAUGAAGAAACAGGCUGAGAAUCUGACGGUGGAGUACGACAGACUGCUGGACGAGCACAGCAAACUGCUGGCAAGCAGCGACAAGAAAUCAGACUGAGGAGGACGAAGACAGUUUCCAGCUUCUCUCUUCUUCAUCAUCUUCACCGUCCACAACAGACAGUCUGCAGCUCCUGCCUCCACCUCACCGUCCUGCUCAGCGAUGUGACGUCACUUCCUUUUUGUUUUUGGAUUAGCUGACAUCGCCGGGCUGCGAUUGGUUUAUUUCAUUAGCUUUAAAAAUGUCCCAUCUGACUGUCGGAGCUUCGUCAGGAGAAAGUCAGCUGUCUGUGAAACUGUUCUGUCGCUGUGGGAGUUUGUUUCCAACUGUUCUGUUCCUUUUGAGUUUGAGCCGAUUUACUCGUUUCUUCUUUCGUUCUGUUUCCUGCACAAACGGACGAGUUUCAUUCCAAAAUCAGUCAGAGGUCCGAUGUCUUUUAACACGCCCGCCCUCCUGUACUGACAGCUGAAAUUAAAAUAUUGCACAUUGUGGAUUCGGAUCACGUAAAAAGUCUCCAAACGGCUUCUUUCAGAAAUCACUUUGUGAAUUUCAGGUUGUACAUUUUUGAAAUGACUGUGUUGCAUUUUGGAAUUAAACCCCUCAAAUUAUGAAUGAAUGUAAACUGAGUUUCAUCGAUAAUCUACAACCGAAUGACGCACAGGUGACUUUGUGUGAGCAAAACAAAAGCUCCGAAUCUCUUCUUCUUUGAUCAUUUGAUUUGAAAAUGUGCCCACAAACCUUCCAUGACUGUCAGAUAACUCCCUGAUUCCUGUUUUAGCACCAGUUAACUACAAAUACUAUAAAAGAUUAAAGAAGCAGACAGCCGAGCAGAAGAGCCCCGGGGCUUUGUGAUCGCUCAGUUUUUCUGUCUUUGUAAUAAACACGUUUGAUUUUCUUUUGUUGCUGUUUUGGUGGAGAUUUCUGUUUCGGUUAACUGUGUUUUUUGUGUUUGUUGUUUUGAGUCUGAGAUGUUGCCUCCGGUGAAAGAUCAUUUCCUCACUUUUGUCGCAGCUGUGUCUGCUUCUGGGUCCAGUCAGCUUCGAACCGGCGGCUCAUGUUGAGGAUCAGGUUUCUGCAGGAUGAGGGUGUGAAAUGUAAAAGCGCUGAAUGUCUCGUACUGAAGGCCUCCCGCUUCUCUCUGAGAGAUGGAUGUGAUGUUUCUUUGAUGGAAGCCGUGAGCCUGUGAACAGGCCUGCAGCUGCGAGGGAUUAAAACCUGUUGUGUUAACGGGUUUUAAUCCGCUCGUCUGGACAGGAACUGUAGUGACGCUUCACGAGGAGCAAGCUGAGGUGAUUAUGAGUCGUUAGCGUUCGUGACACCAAACUCUAGUCAAAAUUUGGUAAAAAAAUGCGUCAAUGAAAAUGAGCAACUGGGUGAAAAGGUUCACCGGGGGUCAGGGCUCGAAAUGCUUUUUCUCUUCGCGUGAUACGUUUCCUCAUCGUGUCCGUCGCGCAAACAGAAAAGGCCUCUGAAACGUCACAGUGGGAAUUUAGUUUUUCUAAAUUACAUAAUACUGCAAAUAGUUUUGGGAAUGUGCACCACUAAAGCACACUGAAACUGUGACAAGUGCCCGUCUUGUAGUUGAUAUUAUGGCCACGUAGUCCAGGAGGAAGCUUCAGCUUUCUUCUGGACUGUGGAUCAGAGGAAAAACUUCCCACCGCGACCGUUCGGAGGAUCCAUUCACACAACUGCUGCUUUUUGUUUUGAAUAUCUCUUGGUCUGACGGCGUGCGCGUCACCUGACGAGGUUUCUUGUCUGUAAUUGGCUGAAGUUUAACUUUAGCCAGAUUUCAAACGUACACACUGUGUUCAGUGAGGAAAUGUUUGUGAUGUAUAAACUCGUCAGCCGAACAGAUUCCCAAAGUUACUCCAUUCCUCGCGUUAUUUUGAUGCGUCACAGCUGCAUGCUGGGUAAAGCUACAGCACCGCUAAUGUAGGGUUGAGACCACGUAGUUCUCACUGCACCCCAUCGGUUUACGUUUCUUUUGUUUUUAUGUUUAUGGACUCAUUUGUAUUUGUCCACAUUCCCUGCAUGACGAAUUACUUUGCUACACUUUGGUGAUUUUGUUUACAGAAACUUUCUUGUCACAGAAAUAAAAAAAAAUAUAGAACAUAUAUCAUUUAACUUUUUACUCUUAUCUGACGUUAUUACAUCUGAUACAGUUUGAUGCUGAAUGUGCAGGUAUUAUUCUGUUUUUGUAUUUGGGUUUUAUCAUGUGAUCACUGACUUGUUUCUCUGGAUAAUUCAGUUCCAUCUUUAAGGGAAACUGCGGCUUAGUGUGAUAAGACUCACCAUAAAAACCUUGUGUGUAUCAUCAACUUUAAUGCUUUAUGAUGAAACAUAAAUAUGUUUGUCAGCUAAAAUGUUCUGUUUCAGUUAUCACUUCCAAUAAAGUGAGCAGAAACUUGGACAAAA